CAGCACAACGUUAAGGGCAAAGAUGCAGGCACACCUGUCGGUUAGGUUCCUGUAGGACACUAGACGUUUGCUUCCAGCGAGAGGACGAACGCGUGGACAUUGCGAAGAGUUGGAACGGCACGGUGCUCCGCGAGCUCUGGCGCCAUGCGCUUCUGCAGAGGCGCGAUCUUUCUCCUGGCGGCUACUUUGCUCAGCGUGCCCCACAGCAGAACUGAGGGGUGUUCGGGAACAUCAUGCGGAAAGUGUGACUGCAGCGGUGUAAAAGGGUCAAAGGGGGAGAGGGGGUUCCCAGGCUUGCAAGGCAACAUGGGAUUUCCUGGUAUGCAAGGUCACGAGGGCCCUCCCGGCCCAAUGGGCCCAAAGGGAGACUCUGGAGAGCCAGGGGCCCCCGGGAUGAAAGGCACACGUGGUCUUCCUGGCUCACCUGGAUUCCCAGGAAACCCUGGCCUGCCGGGGUUACCAGGUCAAGAUGGCCCACCAGGACCACCAGGUAUCCCAGGGUGCAAUGGGACAAAGGGCGAGCGAGGUAUAGAUGGAUUACCAGGAAUACCAGGAAUAAUGGGACCACCAGGUAUUCCAGGUAUUCCAGGAAUGAAGGGUGAUCCGGGUGGUAUUAUUGAAGGAUUCAUUCCUCAGAAAGGAGACAGAGGGUUCCCAGGACAGAAAGGAACAGCAGGAUUGCCUGGAAUCCUCGGUCAUCAUGGACCAGUCGGUCCCCCUGGUCCAGCGGGACCCCAGGGAGAGCGAGGAGCACCUGGCGAACCUGGUCCUCCUGGCGAGCGACUCACUUUCGUUGGGCAAAAGGGUGACAAGGGUGAGCAAGGACCCAAAGGUCUCCAAGGACCGCCAGGAGCCCCCGUGGGGGUGGAGGGCACCACUACGAUUUAUGUAGCCGGACCAGUGGGGGAACAAGGUGCCAAAGGAAGCCCAGGGGAACCUGGUAUUUGCUCACCACAUCAAGCGGGUAUCAAAGGUGAACAUGGACCACCGGGACAGAAAGGAAAACCAGGAAAGGAAGGAAGUGAUGGUGCAAAGGGUGAAAAAGGUGACCCUGGUAUUCCUGGAUAUAGUGGCAUGAAGGGGGAAAAAGGCGAGAAAGGACCUCCGGGUUAUGGUGAAGGACCACCAGGUGACCCCGGACCUCGAGGUCCACCUGGACCAAGAGGAGAGCAGGGAUUCCCAGGGCCUGUUGGAGAUCCUGGAGUCCCAGGCAGGAAUUUCGAAGGUCCACCUGGAAAGGACGGCUUCCCCGGAGAAAAUGGCCAAAAAGGAGAGAGAGGUCCUGACGGAGAGUCCCUCAGAGGACUUCCUGGUGCUGACGGACCCCCCGGAAUACCUGGACCUCGGGGCGAAUCCAGUGGGGAAUGUGACCGUGGAACUGCGGGGCCCCCGGGACCUGCUGGGUUGCAGGGAGAGGUGGGGCAGAAAGGUGACCGAGGAGAGCCUUGUACAGACUGUUCAGCAUUUGGACCUCCAGGUUUACCUGGUCCUGUAGGACCCCAAGGAAAGCAAGGUUACCCUGGACCAGCAGGCAGGAAAGGAGACAAGGGUGAGCCUGGUCUUAACGGAGAUCCUGGGAUCCCGGGUUCCCCAGGUUCCCCAGGUUUAAGGGGCAAUCCAGGAGCAGUAGGUGAGCCUGGUGAUAUCUAUGCAGCACCAGGGCUGAAGGGAGAUAAGGGCUCCCCUGGCCUUCCUGGUGCAAGGGGAUUUCCAGGGAAAGAUGGAAUUCCUGGAAAGGAUGGAUAUCCAGGUAUUCCUGGACUCAAAGGAGAACCGGCCAGAGAAGGUAUUAAAGGUGAUCGUGGUCUGGAUGGAGAAAGAGGACCUCCGGGGUCUCCUGGAGAGAGAGGACCCCCAGGUAUUCCAGGAACUGGUUUACCAGGAGAUCCCGGCGAGAAGGGAAGUUCAGGGUCACCUGGUGUACCAGGAAGUCCAGGAAUACCAGGACUUAAAGGUGAACCUGGAAAAGGUGUGAGUUCACCAGGACCUCAGGGUGCACCAGGACCUCGUGGAGAGUCUGGAAGACCUGGUAUUCCAGGUGAAAUGGGUCCCCCGGGUGAUCAAGGAUUGCCAGGAUUCCCUGGGCUGAAAGGUGAUAAUGGCCUUCCAGGAACUGGACCUCCUGGACCACCAGGGCCAAAAGGGUUCUCUGGUAUACCCGGUGCUCCAGGAAUCCCUGGAGAGCCUGGUCCCCCAGGCUAUGAUGGUUUUCCUGGGCAUGUAGGACAACCAGGGCAAAAAGGUGAACCAGGCAUCGGCCUUCCAGGACCCAAGGGCUCUAUAGGGCAACCAGGAGUACCUGGAUUUCCAGGCCAGAAGGGUAGUGUAGGAAUGCCAGGAAUCCCUGGAAUUGAGGGACAGACUGGCCCAUCUGGUUCUCAGGGUGUGAAAGGUGAGGUAGGACCUCCUGGGGCUCAUGGAUUUGCAGGACCACCUGGACCCGCAGGAAUUGGCGAGCCAGGGGCACCUGGAACAGUGGGACCUCCUGGAAAACCUGGUCCCUUUGGCCAUAUUGGUGAAAAAGGAGAGCGAGGUCUGCCAGGUAUUCCCGGUCCAGCAAUGCCCGGUCCUCAGGGCGAGAAGGGCAUCCCUGGUUUUCCUGGAUCACCUGGGCCCAAAGGGCUUCCAGGAGAUCCAGGGGUUCCUGGAAAUGACGGAUUUCCUGGGGAAAGAGGUUCCAAAGGAGAAAUGGGAUUGAUGGGAAUGCCAGGGUCUCCUGGAUUUAAAGGCAUCAGGGGAAUCCCAGGAGAAACUGGACAAAGAGGCGACCCUGGUUUCAGUGGGCCAAAAGGUGACCUCGGACCAAAGGGUCUCAAAGGAGACAGAGGACAAAUGGGACCACCUGGAAAUCUGACAAUGGCACAGGGAAUGGAAAAUAUGAAAGGAGAAAAGGGAGACACUGGUGACAUAGGUGUCCCUGGCCCGACAGGGGAGAAAGGGUAUCAAGGUAUGCCUGGAGACCCUGGAAUGGCUGGAAAGGAUGGAAUGCCCGGUUCACCGGGACAUCCGGGUGCCAAAGGUGACACAGGAGUCCCUGGAGAACCUGGACGUCCUGGAUUUCCUGGCACUAAAGGCAGUGUUGGAGAAAUGGGAAUGCCAGGAGUGGUGGGAUCAAAAGGCUCUAAAGGACUGGUUGGGACACCAGGACAUCCUGGGUUUAAAGGAGAACAAGGACAUAAAGGUCAAAAAGGAGACUCAGGUCUUCCGGGAAUAGGACUCCCUGGUCUCCCUGGCGAGAAGGGUCAAAUAGGCAUGCCUGGUUUCCCUGGUGAGUCUGGCCAAAAGGGCGUGAAAGGUGCCAUGGGUGUCCCAGGAAUCCCUGGAAGUAAUGGGCCGAAAGGAGACGAGGGGCACGUUGGCUUCCCAGGCAGUCCUGGAGUACCAGGAGAGAAGGGUGUAUCAGGGUUGCCUGGGUUACCAGGACAGCCAGGACAUCAGGGACGGCCGGGUGAACCUGGUCUUCAGGGCCCUCCAGGAUCACCGGGAGAUAAAGGCCAGCCCGGAAAAGAUGGAAUUCCUGGAUCUUCGGGCGAGAGGGGGGAUCCAGGUUUACCUGGAACAGGCUUCCCUGGGACCCCAGGACAGGCCGGCAUUAAAGGUGAUAGAGGCGCCCCAGGUCUUCCGGGACUUUCUGGGAGCCCAGGUAUUCCUGGAGCCAAAGGAGACAGAGGCGUGCCAGGCUUCCAAGGCAGCCAGGGCAGACCUGGAGAAAGAGGACUACCGGGGACACCCAUGGAGGGCCCCAAAGGCAAACAAGGACCUGAGGGAGAGCCAGGAGAACCAGGGCAGACUGGCGCUCCCGGGCCUGCAGGCGUUCCAGGAAUUCCUGGAGAGAAAGGCGAGGUGGGGGAGAGAGGUUUCCCAGGCCCACACGGCGCUCAGGGCGGGAAAGGAGAAAAAGGCAUAACUGGGUUUCCUGGUCAGCCAGGCUUACCGGGCGUUGACGGACCAAAGGGCGAGAUGGGAAUUCAAGGAGUUCCAGGCUUCCCAGGUACGAAGGGUGAGACUGGGGUUCAAGGUUUUAAGGGUGAGCUGGGUGACCGAGGAUUUCCUGGACCAAAAGGUAGUGAAGGCCCCCCGGGACCUCCUGGGCCACAUACCUUUGUAAAAGGGGACAUCGGCUUCCCAGGACUACAGGGUUCUCCAGGUCUUCCUGGACCUCAGGGACAUCCUGGACUGAAAGGACAACAAGGAAUAAUGGGUCCCAAAGGUAUUAAGGGAGAGGAUGGUGCACCUGGCUACAAUGGCGUUCCUGGCACUAAAGGAGAACCUGGCACCUCCGGACCUACUGGACCCAGAGGGUACCCCGGCCCUCCAGGCCCUGAUGGGAUCCCAGGCCACAUUGGCCCCCCUGGACCCUCCUCCAUGGACCAUGGCUUCCUGGUGACGCGCCACAGUCAGUCCGUGGAGGUGCCUGUGUGCCCUGCGGGCACCACUCUGAUCUACGAUGGAUACUCCCUCCUCUACGUGCAGGGCAACGAGCGGUCACAUGGCCAGGACCUGGGAACGGCUGGCAGCUGUCUACGGAAGUUUAGCCCCAUGCCUUUCCUCUUCUGCAACAUCAACAAUGUGUGUAACUUUGCCUCCCGUAACGAUUACUCCUACUGGCUCACGUCCCCUGAGCCCAUGCCCAUGAGUAUGGCCCCUGUCACGGGCGACAGCAUCAAGCCUUUCAUUAGCAGAUGUGCAGUGUGUGAGGCUCCUGCCAUGGUGAUCGCCGUGCACAGCCAGACCAUCAUGAUCCCACCCUGUCCUCACGGGUGGAUCUCUCUCUGGAUCGGUUACUCCUUCGUCAUGCACACCAGUGCCGGAGCGGAAGGAUCGGGUCAGGCUCUGGCCUCCCCCGGCUCCUGUCUGGAGGAGUUCCGCUCCGCGCCCUUCAUCGAGUGUCACGGCCGAGGCACCUGCAACUACUACGCCAACUCAUAUAGCUUCUGGCUGGCCACCAUCGAGGACGAGGACAUGUUCAGGAAACCCGUCCCCACUACACUAAAGGCUGGGAACCUGCGGACUCACAUCAGCAGGUGCCAGGUGUGCAUGAAGAGGACUUAGCCAAUCACGUGCCUUCCUCUGCAACGGGCAAAGGUGUUCUAAUGUUAAGAAUCAAAGAUCCCCCCCCGCCCACCCCCCAGCAUGGUGCUACUUCAGGGGGAAGCGUUGGACUGACCCAGUGUGAACAGACUGAAGAAUGUUCCGGAAAACACGCAGGCAGGUCCGAGCUGACCCAGAUCACACGGCGUCUGAAUGCCACUAACGUCCUCAUUGUGUCCCUUUAAGAAGUGACGCCUGUUUACAAUUGCACUGAGCACAUCUAUUAGUAAGCAGAUGUCUAUGUUCUGAAAACACACGGUUUUGUGGAUCAGGUGCUAUUGAAUACAACUAUUGUACUUCUGUUAUUGCUCAUUUUUUAUAGGGUUGCUUAUUAUUUUAUUUUUUUUGUGGCUCAUGCUACGAAACAGCACCUAAUGUAAGUAUCCUGUCUGUAUUUCUUCAUUAUCAUUUACUAACUUUGUUGUUUUCUUUUUGUUUUGUUUGUAAUAUUACACCAUAAGUUCCGUUCGUUCACACCUCAGCUAGGGCACAUAGAUUUGAGGGCCGAUGUAAAUAUCCAGCUUUUGUUUAGUACUUAACACAUUUCCACCAUAAUCUCUUCAGGUUAAAUACAUUAAUUUUUUUUGCAUAUUUCUGGGAACUAUGAGAGUUGAGUACAGAGAGACCAAGGGCGCCGUCCACACACGGCUGUGUUCACUCUUUUUUGCUACAGCCUGUUAGGACCGAAUAUUCAUCACUGCCGGCUGUUGUAGGUGUACGUCUGCAGCUAGGGGGUGCUGCCAUCUGCGAGUAGUGGGCCAUGUUUACAUCCACAAGCAGUUUUAGUGUGUUAGAGUGCAUUGUAUGUGUGUGUUUGUGUGUUUUACAUCACUCUUUAACACUCUUAUCACACUGCUCAUUCUAAGAGGAUGUUUGCCAAGGAUACACCUCAGCAGGGCUUAAAACACACACACACACACACACACACACACACACACACACACACGGUUCUAACUGAAUAGUUAUUUUUUAUGCAUAUUCUCAACCUAAGCAUGCAGUUAAGACAAAGUGUUCCUGUCAUGUGUUCCGCCACAAGCUCAGUGAGGCUUGACUUGAACUGACCCGUCGACCAACGGACUUCACACGCCUGACACACUGAAGGCUUUUAAGUCUCCCAGCGUACGCUGGGGCGUCUUCCCAGAAGCAUCCGCACGGCCGUGCUGUCUCCCGGUGCCGGCCGUGCGGUUGGCUCAUGCUCUCUCUGCUUGCUUUUCCAGCCCUAGACCAAAGAACGUGCACACACAGUUUUAUUACACUGAACAUACUUGACCUUUCUGAGUCCCCUUGUAUAUAAAGUCCACAAAACAAAGGAUUUUUGUGUGUGUGUGUUUUCAGGAAAUUCUCCACCACCACCACUGUGUCUUGUACAGUCUAAUAAUUAGGGAUAUUUAUGUAUACCAAGAGUGCCUGGAAAUAAUUUGAGCCUGUGACAAAUGAAAGCAUCUGAGCACCUUCCUGUCUGGAGAGGAAGUGCUCUAGAAGCCCUGCCCCGGCCACCAGUGCUGUCAUUAUCCUACAUCAUCCGGUUGUACUCUUUACUGACCUCACUACUCAGCCGAGUGUCGGCGGCCAGUUGCCACUGGUUGACCUCCCAGUGGAUGUGCAUGUGCAGAAUUAAGAGCACUUCAGAAGUGAGAUUCGUAGAAGACGGUGGAGAUUAAGUGGGAUUUUUCAAGCACAGUUUUGAGUCCUUUUUUUAAAAAAAAUAAUCCGAGUUUCAUUUAGCUGGCUUUGCGUCUCUCCCCUCUUCUGUACCGAAGUCAUACAAUAAAAUUGUUUGUAUACGUC